CGGUUUCUGAUUGGACCUCAUUCAUGUCCAUGUUGUAUUCUCGGUUCAAUGUUGUGAACUUGAAGCGGUUUGAUAAACAGAAUUCAAUCACGCCGACUGAUGUUUGUGCGUACAUACUUAUACAGUGCAUGUACGUAUUGGAACAGAUACAUAAGGUGUGCGCUGAAGGAUGAGUCGCUUUCUGAAUCUGUUGAGGAGCUGGCUGCUCAUGGUGUCAGUGAUCGCAGUGGGGAACACGGUACAGAGCUUCAGAGAUCACAGCUUCCUGUCCCAGAAGCUCUACACAGGAACUCCUGAUUACGUGAACGGUCUUCAGGCGAGAACCUUUGGCAUAUGGACGCUCCUGUCCUCCAUCAUCCGCUGUGCCUGUGCCAUAGACAUUCAGAACAGAACGCUUUAUCACAUCACCCUGUGGACAUUUGUUCUGGCGCUUGGCCACUUCCUGUCCGAAGCAUUUAUCUAUAAAACCGCUCCUCUGACCAUUGGAGUCAUGGCACCUCUGAUUGUAGCCAGUUUCUCUAUCGUGGGCAUGUUAAUUGGCUUCCAGUGUAAGGUUGAGCCUCAGGAAGCAGUCGGAGCCCGUCAGAAGAAGAGGAACUGAGCGAUACCUGCCUUCGGCGCGGGACGCUUGUGAUGGGAACAGUGCUUUCUGACUGGUUUACAUGCUUAUCCUCACAGCAAAACAUAUGUGGCCCAAACUACCUUUUUACUGCUUUAGAAUCUGUGUAAUAGUCAAAUAAUAAUCAUUUUAUAUGGUUAUUUGAAGUUUAAUUGUCCGAAAGCAAUUACAGUGUUGGUACUUUUGUGUUAUUUUUAGCUGAGAUGCAGGUCCACUGAAGCCUGCCAUCAAAAACUAUCUUCAUCUCUAACUGAUAUUUUUGUUUUAACUUCUUGUUUUGUUUGUAAUUUGAAGUGCAAAAAAACAAUAUAAUUGAUUUUUUUUUUUUAGGAAAAAUCU